GCCGAGAGCAGCCUCCCACCCUGCCGGGCCGAGCGGGCGGAGCGGACCGUGCGCGCCAGCGGCGGCAGCGGGGAGAGCGGGGCACGGCGCACCAGGGCCGCUGCCGGUAGGAUGCGGCUGCGUCCCCCAGCCGGUGUGUAGAGAGGGCGGGUCCCCGGCCUCGGGAGCGCGGUGGUGGAGGGACAGAGGCGGCGGCCAUGGCGACCCCUGGCAACCUGGGGUCCUCUGUCUUGGCAAGCAAGACCAAGACCAAGAAGAAGCACUUCGUAGCGCAGAAAGUGAAGCUGUUUCGGGCCAGCGACCCGCUGCUCAGUGUCCUGAUGUGGGGAGUCAACCACUCGAUCAAUGAACUGAGCCAUGUUCAAAUCCCUGUUAUGCUGAUGCCAGAUGACUUCAAAGCCUAUUCAAAGAUAAAGGUGGACAAUCACCUUUUUAACAAAGAAAACAUGCCGAGCCAUUUCAAGUUUAAAGAAUACUGUCCAAUGGUUUUCCGUAAUCUGCGGGAGAGGUUUGGAAUCGAUGAUCAAGAUUUCCAGAAUUCCCUGACCAGGAGCGCACCCCUUCCCAACGACUCCCAAGCUCGCAGUGGAGCUCGUUUCCACACUUCCUAUGACAAAAGAUACGUCAUCAAGACCAUUACGAGUGAAGAUGUCGCUGAAAUGCACAACAUCUUGAAGAAAUACCACCAGUAUAUAGUGGAAUGUCAUGGGAUCACUCUUCUUCCCCAGUUCUUGGGCAUGUACCGGCUAAAUGUUGAUGGAGUUGAAAUAUAUGUGAUUGUUACAAGAAAUGUGUUCAGCCACCGUUUAUCUGUAUAUAGGAAGUACGAUUUAAAGGGCUCAACAGUGGCUAGAGAAGCUAGUGACAAAGAGAAGGCCAAAGAACUGCCAACUUUAAAGGAUAAUGAUUUCAUUAAUGAGGGCCAAAAGAUUUAUAUUGAUGACAACAACAAAAAAGUGUUCCUGGAAAAACUGAAAAAGGACGUUGAGUUUCUUGCCCAGUUAAAGCUCAUGGACUACAGCCUACUGGUGGGAAUUCAUGAUGUUGAGAGAGCAGAACAAGAAGAGGUUGAGUGUGAAGUGAAUGACUGGGAGGAGGAAGGGGAAAGCGACGGGACCCACCCUGUUGGAACCCCUCCAGACAGUCCAGGAAAUACGCUGAACAGCUCACCACCCUUGGCUCCGGGGGAAUUUGAUCCAAACAUUGAUGUUUAUGGAAUAAAAUGCCAUGAAAACUCGCCUAGGAAAGAAGUGUACUUUAUGGCAAUUAUUGACAUUCUUACUCAUUAUGAUGCAAAAAAGAAAGCUGCCCACGCCGCAAAAACCGUUAAGCAUGGCGCUGGUGCAGAGAUCUCAACGGUGAACCCAGAACAGUAUUCAAAGCGCUUUUUGGACUUUAUUGGGCACAUCUUGACGUAACCUCCCAGGCUGCCUUGGACGGACAUGCACUGUGGGAAGAACAGAGGUGGCUUCAGUGUAGGAAAAAUGAAAACCAAACUCAGCGAAGCACUCAUCUUACAGGAAGCAAACCUCCUUGUUUACAUCUUCAGGCCAAGAUGACUGAUUUGGGGACUACUCACUCGCUUUAACAGCUACCUGAUAUUUCACAGCAUAGUUCUAGCUAUUUCUGACUUUUUUUUAAUGUGUGCAUUUUAAAAAAAGAAAAAUUAAUUAAUUAAAACAGAUCAGCUUCGGUCAGAGUGUGUUGUGAUAGCCCUCUGACCCCAGCUGUGGCAGAAUGAAUGAAUGAAGGAAUGAAUGAAUGAAUGAGUACAUGUAGGGAAGGAGGAAAUGCAUGUCAGACCAACCAUGUUGGCAUCCCGUGAUAAACUGUGGAUCAGCUUUUUUUUUUUUUUUUUAGUUGAAAGAUUUAAGACAGUAUUCAUAAUAAUAAUGAAGAUAAUGAUGAUGAUUAAAAAGGAAAAAAAAAACUGCCAGUGUUACACUUCUACCCCGCACGCUGACACUCCUCAAUAGUUGUAACACGAGCCCCUUGGCACCAGACGGGGGGUGCUGGUAUCCCCUGGGUGCACUGUUUCAGGGCUCUGCCUCUGCCCAGUGCAUCAGGACCCCCGGCCCGGGUGCGACCACCCCUCCUCCGACAAGAAGCUGAUGCCCUACUGACUCUGUCUGUACAUUUCCACCUCGGUAACUUAUGUCCAGGAAAACUGCUUCCUUCUCUUUUCUUACCUGGGACGUACUGCAUUGUUACACUCUUAUGUUGCAAUAUAGGAAUUAAUGCUAAAAAUACAAAUAAAACUUAGCUGGAAAAUGCAUAGUUUUGGGCAACGGUAUCUACAUCUCCCACAGCGGGAAGGUGAGCCAAGUGGUAGAACUCAAUUCUCCUGUUACCGAACGACGCAAAUCUGAAUUCUGAGAUGUUUAUGUUUGACCAUUGUUUCACCAGUGGUAUUUUGUUAUGAAUUAUCCCUUUAAACUGAAACCCUCAAUUUUACUGUUUACAUUAUUAGGAAAACAGGGAUAUUUUUGAAUCUAAAAAAUUUAAUGUACAGCGUGUGGUUUUUGAAGUUUACAUGUAAAGUCAUUUUACAGUAUAGGUGAAAUAAUGUUUGUCGUAUUUUGAGAUGUCUCAUGCAGUCAUGUUUUUGAGUGAAUGUCUUUAUGCAAAGUCCAUGGUAGAGCAUACUUUACAAUAAAGGGAAAAGAGUGGUUUUGUUUCCUCCAGAUAUACAUUUAUCAACCUGAUGAUUUUUUAAAAAUAUUUAACCCAAGUCUGGUUAUGUAAAUUCAUUGCCCUAAACUGUGCUGAUUGUGUUUAAUCAAGUUAUAAAUUUCCAGUAUCAAUCAUGUAUUUACCAACCUUUCCUGCAUUUUCUGAAAGGCAUUGAGCUACAAUAUUAGACUUGCUUAGAGUAGGUUAUCAACUUAUACACUGUGCUAAAGCUGUGCCUUUGAAAUUCUUUGUUUAAAACAUGAGAUGAUUUUUGUAGGCAGUUUCAGAAAGAAAAAAAAAGCCCUUCAAUAAUUACUUAUAACUCAACAAACCCCACCUGCCAUAAUGCCUCUUCCAGUAACUUAACUUCAGUGCUAUUAAGACUUCAGUUAUGCACGAUGUAUGUGGGUUUACUUCAGAAAGCACGAGUUGAGUAGCAAAUCACAGUACCUUUGGAAGCCAGCAGCAGUGCCAUCUCUACUACUCUCUACUGAAUUUACAUAGAUCUGUUACCCUCAAGAAACGAUGUUAACUCCACUGUAAUAUAGUUGUAUAAAUCUGUAUCUUAUGUAUUUAAAUGAAUUGAUACUAUGAUUUGACCCCCUACCCCACCCCCAUUAAUCCUGGCAUCAAACCAGUUUCGGUGUUCCGAAGUUAUACUGUGGCUUCUUUCGCCUGAGAGCUCAAAAGAGAGACCCUGAAGUAAAGAUAAGGUACACAUACAUUAUGUGAAUAAUUAUUUCCUUUGUGGCCAAUCUGUAUGCUUUUGGAAGUUUACAAAACGCUUUGUUUUUGUCUGUAACAGUCUCUGUCAUUCAUUCAUGUUAAGAAACUUUAUUUGGACAGAGUGAGGAAGUUUGCAUUGUAUCUCCUAGUGCUAAAAAUA